AUGCAGGCUUUCGCUUCGUGCGGCGGCGGCAGAGUGCCUAAUGUGUCGCUCCUGCGGGGGGCACUGCUGCGAGCGCUACCGAGAAGGCUGCUGAAAAGGCUGCUGAAAAGGCUGCUGAAAAGGCUGCUGAAAAGGCUGCUGAAAAGGCUGCUGAAAAGGCUGCUGAAAAGGCUGAUGAAAACGUUGCUGAUAACGCUGCUUAAAUCGCUGCUGAAAACGUUGCUGAAAUCGUUGCUGAAAUCGUUGCUGAAAUCGCUGCUGAUAACGCUGCUGGAACAUUUUUUUUUUGUAACUGCCCCUUUGGAAAUGCUAUUCGCGCGAUGGGUACACUCCCAUGUGCACUGA